AUGGUUAGAAAAACAAUUCACUCAUUUUUUAAGAGAAAAGAGAGAAAUAAUGAUGAAGUACAAACUGUGUGUCACACGCCUGCAAUUGCAGCAGACUCAGAUAUGAAUGUUGAAAGUGUUGGUGAAGUUGAACAGCUAAUAGGUUCAACUAUAGAGCAACCACCUCUUACCAAAGUUCCGAGGAUUGAACAAGAAAGAAUCAAUAUCGAUACUUUGAUCCGUGAUCCUGGAAAACGUCCACAAAUCUGGAAUUAUUGUGUUAAUCAACAAGAUCGAAUUCGUACAGAGUAUAUCAAGUUCGGACCGUAUCAAUUUUUUAUGGAUGUGUAUCCACUUUCUGGUCAAGAAGAUCAUCCUCGUCGAUUUCAAGCUCGUUGGUUUAAAACUUUUACAUGGUUAAAAUGCUAUGAAGAUUUCAAGAAUCACUCAUGUCACAUUGAAACAGUUCUAUCUAUGCAAAUUGAGCAACAAAUUUUGAGUAACCGGUUGCGACUUAAAGCAUCCAUUGAUGCUGUUAGAUGGUUAACAUUUCUAGGAUGUGAUGAAAAGGAGGGAUCUAGAAAUCGGGGAAAUUUCAUUCAAAUGGUAAAAUUUUUGGCUGCUUAUAAUAAAGAAGUAGUCUUGGAAAAUGCCCCUAAAAAUGCAAAAUACACUUCCCCGGAUAUCCAAAAGGAAAUUUUACAUGUAAUUGCUAGAAAAGUUCAAUGUGACAUUAGAAAAGAGAUUGGCAAUGCGAAGUUUUGUUUACUUGUUGAUGAAGCUCGUGAUGAAUCUAAAAGAGAACAAAUGGCUCUAGUUAUUAGAUUUGUUGAUAAAAAUGGAUUUGUCCAGGAGCGUUUCUUAGAUAUCAUACAUGUGGAUGACACCACAUCAUCCACUCUUAAGCAAGAGGUUUGUUCAACAUUGUCUCGUCUUAAUCUUGACAUUCAAAAUGUCUGA